GGAGGCUUGUGUGCGAGCAUUGGAUAACUGCAGCAGCAGCAGAGCAUCUCGGUGUUUCGCAGCGGAGAGAACGAGUCAGAGGAUAUUUGUGGACUCUAGGAAACUCAGCUGGACGAUAAUCAAAGAGUCUGCAUCUGCUUGCUGCUGGGCCUGAAGAUACACAUUUCUCACGCAUAGAUUUUGUGUCCAACAAAUUGAGUGCAAUUAAGGCUUUGCUUGGACCCAGGUCUGAGUGUUAAACAUGGGAGACCAGCGAUCAGUCCAGCCCCUCCGGCCCCUGCUGCUGCUCCUGAUGCUCCUCGCCAGGCUGUCACAGCUGUGGGCCUUGCCCUUCAGCCCGUCCCUGGACCUGGAUGUCACCCCCAGGACUACUGUCUUCUACAAAGGUCUGUUGAGCAGAGCCAGUUUCACUGGCUCUUCCCAGAACUACAGCACCCUCCUGCUGGAGGAGGGGGCCGGGCUGCUGUACGUGGGAGGCAGAGGAGCCCUGCACGCCCUCAACACCUCCAACAUCUCCACAACUGCAAACCUCACAAUUGAUUGGGAUGCUUCCCCUGAACAGAAGAAGCAGUGUCUCAACAAAGGGAGAGACAAUCAGACAGAGUGCUACAAUCACAUCCGCUUUCUGCAGCGAUUCAAUGAGACUCACCUAUACGUCUGUGGAACAAACGCCUUCAGACCUCUUUGUGCUUACAUAGAUGCAGAGCGGUUCAGAUUCUCCUCUGGCUUUGAGGAGGGCAGAGACAGGUGUCCAUAUGACCCAGCAAAGGGAUACACUGGCCUCCUCGUAGACGGUGAGAUGUUCACGGCCUCUCAGUACGAGUUUCGCAGCUCUCCAGAUGUGCGCAGAAACUUCCCCUUCCCCACGCUCAGGACAGAGGAGGCCCCCACCCGGUGGCUCCUGGAGGCAGAUUUCGUGGGCUCCGUGCUGCUGAAGGAGAGCAUCAACAGCUCUAUCGGUGACGACGACAAGAUUUACUUUUUCUUUACGGAGAGAAGCCAGGAGCAGAUUACCUACCCGAGCCAGACCAAGGUGUCCAGGGUUGCCCGAGUCUGCAAGAAUGACUGGGGUGGCCAGAGGACCCUGCAGAGGAAGUGGACCUCCUUCCUCAAGGCCAGAAUGGUGUGUUCAGUCCCAGAGUAUGAGCUGCACCUCAAUAUCCUGCGCAGUGUGUUCAUCCUGCAGGGUCCAGAUGCUCAAAGCAGCAUUUUCUAUGGCGUCUUUGGCUUGGAGUGGAAAAAUAUCAAAGCAUCUGCUAUCUGCCAGUACGCCUUCUCAGAUGUGCAGAAGGCUUUCGAGGGGCCGUACAUGGAGGUGCAGGACUCAAAGUGGAGGGAGUACACGGGGAAAGUUCCAGAGCCAAGACCUGGAUCUUGUAUAACAGAUGUGCACAGGGCCCAGGGCAUCAACUCAUCUCGAGACCUCCCAGACAAUGUCCUCACUUUUGCCAGAAGGCAUCCACUGAUGGCCGGCCAGGUGCACCCAAUAGGUGCGCGCCCACUCAUGUUCAAGAGAAGUGUCAACUAUGUCAAGAUAGUCGUGCACAAGGAGCCGGCGCUGGAUGGAAGCAUUUAUACUGUUCUGUUUUUGGGAACUGAUGACGGGUGGCUGCACAGAGCUGUAGACAUUGAUGGAGAAAUGCACAUCAUAGAAGAGUUGCAGCUGUUUGAAAAACCCCAGCCCAUAGAGAGCAUGGUCAUAUCCUCUGCUCUGCGGAGUCUCUAUGUCGGCUACCAUUCUGGAGUCGUGCAGGUACCGAUGUCCGCCUGUCAGAGGUACACUUCCUGCUAUGACUGCGUAUUCGCCAGAGAUCCGUUCUGUGGCUGGGACGGGAGAGCGUGUGUGGAAAUAUCUUCACGUGCACUGAGGUCAAACCUUACCCAGGAUAUCCUGAAGGGAAUCAGGGGCUGCAAGGAGAAUUCAGGAAAUGUGGUCCAUCGGAGGCGUUCUGUGAUGUCUGGUGAUGACGUGCUACUUCAGUGCGAGCUGCGCUCCAACCUGGCAACUCCGCGCUGGACGCUAAACGGCAAAGAACUCCAGGGAUACGGCCUCAAUUCGGGCUACCGCAUCGGCACAGAUGGCCUCCUCAUAAUCGGAGCUCGUGCCCAGCAGAGCGGGUCUUAUCGCUGCUUUGCCUUGGAGAAUUCCGUCUCAGUCCUGGUUUAUCUUUACACAGUCAGGGUACACACAGAUACGUACUUCCCCGUGGAGCCCACAGCCACGACUAACCCCACGACAGUUUCCAGCCCGACUGUUUUCUCUACCAGCAGCCCCACUGAGCAGCCUCUGCCCUCACCUCCUGCCCCGCUGCCUCCGGGAGCUGAGUUCCAGACCUACAGACACAUGGAGGCCGUGUACAUUUCCCUGGUGGCGGUUCUUGGAGGGCUUUGCUUGGUGUUGACCGUGGUGCUGCUUUAUGUGAGCUUCUGCACCAGACGGGUCUCUCAGAACCGAAAGUUCUCCCAGCAGGGGCUACAGGUCCUGGGGGGCUCUGAGAGAAAGAGGAGCUCCCAUCUCGAACUUAGAACCAUCUCCAGCCACUGCAAUGGCCGCCAGGGUCGUCGCUCCAUCUCGAUGACAACUUUCGGAGACAUAGGUGAUGGAUUUCUCCAGAUAGUUCCAGGUGAGGGUCAGUUCUCUCCAUGCAAAACACCUCCUCCAGCCCCUCCUCUACCUAUGCCACCUCCGCUGCCCAACACGGACUACACCAACGGGCUGUCGGCCACUCUGCCCAGCGUGCUGAGGAAGAUGAACGGGAACAGCUACGUGCUGCUCAGGCAGGCCGACCACGAGGGCAUGUCGCCGCUCUACCACUCCUUCACAGAGGAGCUCAACAGGAUCCUGGAGCAGCGGAAACACACACAGCUGGACCUGCAGCCUGAUGAGAGCUCCAUCUAGGACGCCCCUCUCAGUCCUCAUCGUUAUUUAUUUUUACCCCAACUGUGACCUGUAGUUGUGGGGAGAACUGACUGUUGUAUCAAACGCUGCUGUUAUUUACCCAGUGUCAGAGUACCUACAGGUCGUGUCCUCACCUGAUCUGAAAUGUGCAGCCUCCUGUGUCUCCCAUGACAAAUGGCCCAUGAUUUCACUUCAACAAUGGACGACACUAACCAGAGAUUGCUAUUCAAAAAGUGGAGCUGUGAAAAAUUUGGCCAUAGACUGCACUGUUACAAAAUUACGAGUAGGGAGCUCAAUGAUGCUACCCCGGUGUAAACUCCCCGGAGGCUUUGAACGAUGAUGGUCAUAUGACACAAAAACGCAGAGGUGCAAACUGGGACACAGAAAUAAAUCCAGCCAGCCAGGAGGUGAUCACGUAUUUAUGAGACUGUGGGAGUGUUCAGGAAGUUUUUAGUGCCAUGUAAUAUUAGCCCUCAAUGGGGCAGAAAGUGAUACUCCACCCAAAAUCUAUCUUUUGUGCAUUGUUGCAUUCGGCUACAGUGGGAAACUACCUUUCACCUAACAUGCCCACACUUAGAGCCUUUCCCUACGUGUUGCAAGUCUGACGUUAGGAUGUUCCUGUUGGUGGUCUAGGGGAGAACAGGUUUGACUCACCCGUAAUCGCAGGAGCUGACUCUGUAUCACCCACGCCUUCCAUGAGGCUGGUGGUGAUAGUAGUAGAUAGUAGACUGUUUCAGCUGCUUGGCGUCCUCUGGGUUUGGGCGGAUUUUGGCAGUUCAGGGUUCUUUUGUGGACAAAAAAUGCAUCCUUCCGGGAUGAAUUGGCUGGCAUCCCACCUCCAGGUGUCUCACAUCAGUGGCUGGCUAAUAAGGACACGUACCCUUCUCUCCCCCAUUCCGUGUGCGACGUCAGAGCUGACCAUCCAGUCUCCUCCUACAAAUGCACUUACCUACCCAACUGAAGGACCACUUAACAUUGUUUUAAACAAGCUGAAGCAGCCAACAAGUACAUGAAAAUGUUACAAGAAUGGUUUACGAUUGAUGUUUUAACAGUGAAAAUGUGUCCAAAUAGGAAUCCAUUGUAAGGCUGCAAUUUUUUUUUUCAAUUUAUUGUUUAGCCUAAAAAAUGUAAUAGUGAAGAAUGCACAUCACAAUUUCCCAGAGCCCGGUGUGGCGUCUUCAAAUUUGUGGUAUUGUUGACCAACAUCCGAAAUCCCCAAAAUAUACAAUUUGAAAUGAUAUCAAACAGAGGAAAACCGCAAAUCCUCGCAAUUGAGAAGCUGUUUGACAUUUUUUUGCUUCAUAAAUGAUGCUUAACCCGAAUAAUUGUUAUGAAUUCAAUCUGAAUGCAAGCUUUUGUUCUCUAUGAAGGAGCAAACUACUCGUUUUACAGCCACCCGUCAAGCCCGAGGGUGGCGCCUGUUUGAUACUCAAGAGAUAGAUUUUAUGUGGGGUAUCACUUUAAGAAGGUGUUACAGUAAACGAAAGCUCAGGUGGUAAAACAAAUCAUACAUUUACAUUUAUUUAAAUCCCAUUUUCGUCAUUUCUCCUGCCCUCAUGUAAAUUGCAAUACUGUAAUUGCAUUACUGUUUCAGAUGUGAGAAGCAGUUUGUUCUGUCAGUGCCAGUGGCAAGAGCUGUGGGGGGAAGUAGACACAGCUGUAUGUAAGGCAGCUUAAUUAGUCUAUUAAAGACCAUUAAAGGUGCAGUCAGUUUGUGGUCAGAUUGAUUGAAUUCACUGAAGACCACAGACUGGUGUCAGGGCCCAGCAGGCUACGGGGAAUACACAACGCACACUGAAAACAAACGGUUGAGAUGCUGUAAAGAAAAUGCUUAUUUGCCGUUUUAUAUUUAUACAGCUAAACAUACAUAUACUUUGUCUUUUUCAGACUGAAGCCCUGUUUUUGUACGAUCAUUCAUCACACCUUCAAGAUGUUGCAUGAGUUUCAUGCCAACACUUCGAUUCUUUCAAAAUUAUUUUACAAAGAGGCAAAAUAGUUUUUUCAUCUACUUCUUAAACGUGUCCUCUGCUGUGAAAAAGCUGCUGGUGGUGAUCGAAUCAGUCUAGGAAGACCUUCACACAUGCAGCCCACAAAAGCAUGCUCAGUGUUUACCUGACAUCAGAGCAAUGCCAAAACAACAAGAACUGCAGAGCCUACAGUAUUUCCUUCGCAAGGUGACCAGCGCUAUGAUUAAAUAGCACAUGUAUAACUUAGAGGGACUGAAAUGAAUCUUUGAGUAGUUUGUAAACAUGUCACUUUCCAGCAAAGUGUUGAAUCAGCUCUUGUAGCGGUAGCUCAGCAGCAGCCCUCUACGGUGCAUCUGUCAGAGCGUCGCUGACAGUAACAGGGGUACUUGGCUUGCCUCCACAAAGAGAGGACAGGGGCUUCUUGUCUGUUUGCAUAGAGCGCUGUCGUCUGUGCAGGUAGAAGCAGACAGAAAACAUUUAACCUAAGUGUCCUGGUUAGCGAUGCAGGAAACAGAUGAUGAUACAAGGGGGCAGCAGCUAUUUUGCAUUUGCAGGUUUUCUGUCGUCCUCUUAUCUGCCUUGUAAGCCACUUUAUUCUGAGAAUAUACAGUCCAGGAAAUGCACUCUCUGCAGACGGAUAAAUGUCCUGGCCUAAAUGGAGGACAUUCUGUCUGACCAAAGGCCUCAGUAUGGUUCAAAUAAGGGCUUGCCUGCUUGUGUAUGAGGCUCUUUUUUUUCAUGCUUUGCACAACAUGUGUUGUCACUUUUUUGUGUGCACAGCUGAGUGCAACACUAUGAAUAUUGUUGUUGUACUAUUCUUAGCAUGCCCCUCUUUGUGACAGCAGGCAUUUCGGUCAUUCACCUUUAGACAUGGAUGACACAUUGUUUUAAGCAUGCUGAAACUUUAACCACUUUUCUACUUAUUAUGUUUACUGAUUCUUUUCAGUCCGGCAAUCUCAUGACAUUAUGCCAAGCCUCAGUCUCAGUAGUUAUAGGCUUGUCUCUUUACUUAAUGCAGACUAUUUAUUAGCCCAAGUGUUAGUCUUUUGCUUAGAGUCUGUUCUUCCAGACAUUAUUUUAAAGGAUCAGAUGUAAUUGAUUAAAAAUAGAUCUUUUUUUUUCAGGACUUAAGAUUUUUUUCACUGUAUCUUACAGUAUGUUUUUUUUUAGAUUGGAUUUACUCCAAUUUUUUCUUUUUUCCUUUUUUACUUGGCUAACAUUGCUAUAUUCCUCACCAUAUGCCUUUGUGUGCUCCAAUAACAAUUAUUCUAAAUAAUUUCCUCUGUCCACUUUCACAGUUUCUGUUUAUCCUCAUGGACAAAUCCAAAUAUGGAUAUUAUUGAAGGUGGAGCUGAACAGUAUUGGACACCCUUUCACAUGUGUGUCUAUAGAUUGAAUUUAGACAAGAGUGAACUUCUGUCAGUUAAUUAUAUAUACACCUUAUCAUUUAAUAUCUUCCGCGGUUACAUAUUAAGGUGUGUUUUUCUCUGAAAAGUGUUCUGCGAUUCGACCUGACCUGUGUGUCCUGGCCAACCAUGCAGAGAACAGUUGAGGACAAAUGGACGUGUUGGCAGAAGCUACUUUGCUUUUGUUUUCAACCUUUUUAACCUUUUAACUUGUUUUCUUCCUCAUCUUCAUUCCUCCCCUCUCCCCCUCUCUGCCUGCCUCUUUCCCAUCUCAUCACCUCUGCAUGACAGUAUCAUCUAAUACUCUGCUCACAUUCACACUCUCUGUAUCUCUCUCAAGGACCCUUCUGAGUUUACAAAUGGCCAUGAUGGCCCCUAAUCAAUUAGAACCGGUUUUCAAAGAGCCCUCGAGAUACUGUCAAUGCUACUCUCACAUUUUUAGCUGAUAUUAUUAUUAUAAUUUUUUUUAAGAUACUUUUUUGGGCAUUUUAGGCCUUUAUUUAUAUAGGACAGCUAAAGACAUGAAAGGGGAGAGAGACGGAAUGACAUGAGUUGAACCUGCGGCCGCUGCGUCGAGGAGUAAACCUCUAUAUAUGGGCGCCUGCUCUAGGAGGUGAGCUACCCAGGAGCCCAAUAUUAUUAUUUGUGAGAAAGUUUUGAUUGCACACAUUUCCCAUAUAGGAAUCAGACAGACUGAGUAUAAUUCUGUGUCCUUAAAUUAUAAUAUACUAACAGUGCUCCAAAAGAUUGACCAGGAUCGAGUGAAGGUUUUCUCAUCCAUGCUAGGGCCAUAUAUUUUAUUUAUUUUUUAUUAUGGAGCCAGGGCAGGGGGGUAAUAUUCAGAGAAAAAACUCACAAUUCCUGUCGCUGCAGGACUCAGCCAACAUAGGGCGAACGCUCUUACUGGGUGAGCUAGAGGCCGCUGCAAGAUACAGUAUAUUUUAUGUUGUAUUUUAUGUCAACUAUUUCUGUGUUGGCCAAAGAAAGUGGUUCACAUUUGCACAGUUCUUUUGUAAGUUUGUUAAAAGUCAUGUAAUAUACUCUUGUAAACUAUGACAUGUUUUUUUUGUUAGACAUUGAACAUAUCUAUGUGGUCUUCUGGCUGAAGUGACAUCUUUGUUUCUUGUAAGAUAGUUUAGCCACCUGAGCUGUUGCAGAAAGGACUGUUAUUUCUCAUGUCUUAUUUAUUUGAGUCCAUUAAAUUUCCACUCGCUUUUGUGCAGAUAAGAACACGUUGCAUUAUGCUCAGCUUGGUAAAAAAAAAAAAUAGUCAGUGUCAACAGCCCUGAGGGGAAGUCAGGAAAUGACAAGCAAAACAUGCUCACACCUUAUCCUAGUCUCAUGACACCAAUACACUCGCUUGUUUUUAGCUUGUGGCAAGCAGCAAGGCCACUGUCCUCCAGUGGGAAUGGAGCCCACAUGAUCCCAGAGUCAUUUACAUUCAGUACAUAUGCGACUCUGACAGAGCAGAGGCAUAACAUAAACUCAGAGGGGGGAUAAAAUGGCCAUUUUCAGAGCAGCGUUCAAGGCAGUACCUUAGCAACAGCAUCUUUAUUUAGAGCCUUUAAUGUCCUAGCGUGGGUCUAGCUGUGCCAGUUCCCAUUGGGGAGCGCGGGUGUGAUGAGAGCAAAGUGGCCCUGAUAUCUGUAAUUGGUGCGAUGGAUAAAUUUAAUUGCAGGAAGUGAGCAUGAAACAACAGAAAACAUGUUCACAUCAUCAGCCAAUUAUGCUUGAAUUCCUUUCUUUACUUUAAAACAGGCUAAACUGUUUGAUUUAACCUAACUUUGGUGAUAUAAGUUUACAGAUAAUUUGAAUUUAACAAAUGUAUUGGCUAAGCAGUACAUGUAUAACAACAGAAACUGCAGUCUUUAUGUCUGUGGGUAAUUUAAUAGGAAAGGGGCUUCCACAUUUUUAUUAAAAAUGCAACUCAAGUACAGAUAUUUGGGAGAAAAUUAGUGAAAUCAGCACCAGUGUCCCACUGCAGAGCUCGGCUCCACUGUCUCACACUCAUCACCAUCCUCAGCAGUCAUCUCACGCUCCUAUUCUACAUAAUUUUUUCACAGAUAGCCAAACCAUUUCCUGCAGCCAGAGCUAUAUAUGCCAGCAGACUAGUAUCCAUCCAUCAACAGAAACAUGCAAUCUGUCCUGGGGGCACCUUUCAUGUUAUGCUUAUUUGUAUUCAUCUGAUGACUUGUACUUUAUUGUACGGAUGAACUUUUGUUGAGAAGAACGACAAGGUCAUUUGUGGAAGAAAAGCAAGGGUCAAGCUGUGUGCCUUUUGCAGUCAAAAAUGAUGAAUUCAGAGUGAGAACAGCAAAGAAAGCAGCGAGGAGUUUUGCCAACAUCCGUCUCGUUAAAUUUGAACAAAUCACCCACUAGAGGAGUUUUCUGUUCCUCUUACAGCUGACGCAGAGGACAGCUCUUUGCUGCUGAAGGUUAGAACUUGUCCCUCAAGCUAUCACACAACCAUCUGUCAUGUUCAUUUAAGCUCUGGAUCGUUUAAGGUUGUGCAUCGAAGAAAACCCUCAAACCUCAUCAGUAUUAGAACUGUAAAAACAUGUACAUUUCCCCCUGUGUCAUUCAAAUAAAAAAAUGUGUACUUCUCA